CAGAUGCAUAGGAAGAUGACUUCUCUGAAGAGCCCCCUGUUCUGCACAGAGAAACUAGACAGGGUUCAGACAACCCCGGACUCCAGUCUGCACUGGCCAGAAGGCUUGAAGGGUGAAGAGAUAAAGAAAUACAGUAGAGAAGGGACACUACUAAGUAAAUACAACCAGCAAUACCACAAGCUGUUCAAGGACAUCCCCUUGGAAGAGGUGGUUCUCAAAGUGUGUUCCUGUGCCCUCCAGAGGGACCUCCUUCUUCAGGGCCGGCUCUAUAUCUCCCCCAACUGGCUCUGCUUCCAUGCCAGCCUCUUUGGCAAGGAUAUCAAGGUGGUCAUUCCUGUGGUGUCUGUGCAAAUGGUCAAAAAACACAAGAUGGCACGACUCCUUCCCAAUGGCCUGGCCAUCACCACCAACACUAGCCAGAAGUAUGUUUUUGUGUCGCUGCUCUCCCGGGACAGUGUAUAUGACAUGCUGAGGAGGGUCUGCACUCACCUGCAGCCUUCCGGCAAGAAGAGUCUGAGUGUAAGAGAAUUUUCAGAAGAACCUGAGUGCGAGUCUCUGGAAGUCCUCAUCCCUGAGAUGAAGUGGAGAAAACUAUGCCCUGCCUCCAGGUCCCUGUCCCUUCCAGGCAGCAUCCCUUGUAUCCCUCCAGCAUCCAUGGACUCCCCAGACAGCUUCUCCUCCUCCAGGAAACCUCCAGGGUCUGAAAAUGCUGUCUGUGAGGAGGAGACACUGGAGGAGGAGCCCAGGAGCAACGAAGAGCUGAGGCUCUGGAAUUACCAGCUCCUCAAGGUCUUCUUCGUGCUGAUCUGCUUCUUGGCCAUGUCUUCAUCCUAUCUGGCAUUCCGCAUUUCCCGGCUGGAACAGCAGUUAUGCUCCCUGAAUUGGGAUGGCCCAGUCCCUGGGCACAGGUGAUGCC